CAUCCAAACUUUUCAACCAAAAUGGCUGUCUUAUUGAUUUUCAUUAUGCGAAAAAAGCAGAACCAAUCUCUAUAAAUACCUCCACUGUUACAUAACAAGAAUCCAUCCUUUAGCUCUAUCUCGAGUUUAGACAAAGCUUUUGCAAGAUAUUAAUUAUGGCAGGAGCGGUGAAACUGAUUGGAUCUUAUACAAGCCUGUUCUGCACAAGGGUUGAAUGGGCUUUGAAGCUUAAAGGAGUGCAAUACGAGUACGUUGAAGAUGAUGUAUUCAAUAAAAGUCCCCUUCUUCUUAAGCACAACCCUGUUCACAAGAAGGUCCCCGUUCUUGUCCAUGAUGACAAACCAAUUCCUGAGUCACUCGUCAUCCUUCAAUACAUCGAUGAGACAUGGAAUGAUAAUAACUUGCUGCCUCAAGAUUCGUAUGAGAGAGCCAUGGCUCAUUUUUGGGCUAAAUUUACUGACGAGAAGUGUCUGAUGGAAUCAUUUACGGCUGCCUAUAAAGAGGGAGAAGAAAAGGAGAAGGCCAUAGAGUCUGCACAAGAAUCAUUUGCGUUUCUUGAGAAGCUGAUUCAAGGGAAGAAAUUCUUCAGUGGAGAUGAUAAGAUAGGUUAUUUAGAUCUAGCAAUGGGCUGGAUUCCCCUCUGUCUUGAUAUUAUAGAAGAAGUUGGAGACAUGAAACUGGUUGAUGCUGAGAAGUUCCCAUCUCUUCUUGAAUGGGCUCAGAACUUCUCUGAAAUCCCACUCAUCAAAGAACGUCUUCCACCAAGAGAUGCGCUCUUCAACUACUUCCAUAAAAUUGUAGGCUUAAAGCGUUCAAAAAAGCAUUAACAUGCUGCGUGCAAUUGGCAGGAAGGAGAAGAACUAAAGCUUCAAUAUGUGCUGUUCUUCUUUUCAUUGUUCUCCUUAAAUUUGGUUGUAAUACAUCGUAUGCGUGUGCCUUUCAUCUGUCAAGUGGUUUAAUAGAAUUGCUAGUAAUUAAUUGAA